CAUAGGUUACCGGUUGUUUUAACAGGAAUGAUUUUUGGAAAUGCACAUAACAAGAUAUGUCGGUGGAUUGGGGAGAGGGCCUACAAGGAAGUAGUAUUGUGAUUACUGUAAAUGCUAAUGUCAUGAAACUAUUUUCGUUUGUUCAAGUUCGGGGCUUUUGUUAGUGUUUCUUCUUCUCUACCAACUUUUUCUUCGACGUAGUUUUACUGUAUCGAGUCACCGUUCAAAAACUCGGCUCCUGCAACUCAUUCUCGCUCUCUAUAUUCCAUUUUUCGUCUCUACAAUCCAUCCUGCAGUAGUAAUUUUUAUGUUAAAUACUUGCCGCUAAUCUCCUCUCACCUCAGUUCUGGUGGACAUAUAGCGAAUGCAUCUCUCUAGCUAACGAACAACCAAAAAAUCAUUUUCGGCCAAAUGCUGUCCAUUGUCCAUUUUUAUUAAUAAAAAACCUCAUACAAUUGAGAAAUAAUGUCUUCUUCUUUUCACAAAAUCAUAGAAAAACUUUCUGCAUCGUCGGUUGACCCAAAACUAGCACCGAAUCUCGCAGAACGUGUUGUCGCCAUUGCUCAGAAAUCACCGAAUCAAACUGUCUUUUCUACUUUAAUUCGAAGUUUUGGACGCUUUGAUGAUACAGUUUCUGCCGAUAUUUACGAACUUGCAAAGUCAGAAUCCGCCUCAUCAAAGUCUAGUGGAUCAGUAACACCGGUAACAUCAAAUGCCGAUGUACUUGAAAAUAAGCCUGUAUACCAAAAAGCUGGACUGAUCAUUCCUCCUAAUGCCAGCAAAACGCUUGCUACACGCCCAGAAUCGCUGGGACUUCAGUCUUUAGCACGCCAGAAAAAAGCGAGCUCGUCACCAGUUAGGCACUCUCUCUCCUCUGAUGAGAAUGGUUACAGCAACAAAAGGUCUCAUGGAGGGACUACUUCAAUAGAUCCUAACACCGAACGCGUCGAGUUUAAAAAGCCGAAGCCUGCUCCGGACCAUCAUUCGUCUGUCCAGAAUCCACGAACUGCAAAUGCUCUUCCCGUUGGUCAUGGUCUUAGUGAAAAAGCCCGAGAAAAAUACGAGACCUACAGAGAACAACGGCGGCGGAUGGACGAGGGUGUAUCAUGGGAGAAUGGUUCGAGACAUGAUCGGACAAACUCCAGAGCAUCUUCAGCUCGCCCAUCACGAUUCAACCGGUCGACGCGAAAUCGCUAUCCUCCAACUCGUCACAGCGGUUACUGGGACGAGCGUGCCGUAGAGUAUCCGGAAGAGGAUACUGAACCUCCUCGAGAUCGUGCUCGUUGGGAGAUGGAACAGUCUCGGCUGGAUCGCGACUGGUACAUGAAUUCAGAAACGAACAAUUUAUUUGGUGAUGAGUCCCACAAUCCCUUUGCAGAGUUCGAAACAGACUUGGACCGUGAGCGGGAAGAUUUGCUUCGUUUGCAGCAGAAAAAAAAAAUGUCCAUGCGCUCCGUAGAACGGGCCCGUGAAAAUAAUCUUUGGGAAACAAACCGAAUGGUUACGUCUGGUAUUACAAAGCUGUCGGAUGUGUCGAUGGAAUUGGAUACUAAUGAGGAACGUCGUGUUCACUUGCUCGUUCAUGAAUUGCGCCCUCAUUUUCUUGACGGUCAAGAGUUUACGCUUCAACAGCAGAAUACAAUUACUGCAGUUCGAGAUCCACAGAGUGAUCUAGCUGUUGUUUCGAAAAAAGGAUCAGCCCUUGUCCGUGAACGUCGCGAGUUUAAGGAACGUCAGAAAGCAGCUACCGCCGCAACAGCGCUGGCGGGAACAGCGCUCGGAAAUGUUAUGGGUGUUCGUGAAAAAGAGCCUUCUGAAAACAUGGAGAAGCACAUGAAAAAAACUCCAGAGCCGAGUCGUGCUCGUAAGAAUCACGAUGACCUUCCAUCCAAAAAAGAGUUACCCAUUGCGCGAGUGAAGUCUCUGCGCGAGCAGAGAGAACUCUUGCCGGCGUUUGCUGUUCGUGAACAGUUACUGUCCAUCAUUCGCGACAACCAAGUAACAGUUGUCGUUGGUGAGACGGGUUCCGGUAAAACAACUCAGUUGGCACAAUUCCUUUACGAAGACGGUCAAGGAAAACUGGGCAUGAUCGGCUGUACACAGCCUCGUCGUGUUGCCGCUAUGUCUGUUGCGAAACGUGUUAGUGAAGAAAUGGGUGUACAACUAGGUACGCUAGUUGGUUAUUCCAUCCGUUUCGAGGAUGUUACCAGCCCUCAAACAAUCAUUAAAUAUAUGACUGAUGGUGUUUUGUUACGUGAGUCACUUGUUCAAAAUGACCUUGAUCGUUACAGCGUCAUCAUCAUGGAUGAAGCACAUGAACGUUCUCUGAAUACCGACAUACUAAUGGGUCUUUUGCGUACUAUUUUAAGUCGUCGCCGCGACUUGAAAUUGAUUGUCACGUCCGCAACGAUGAAUGCUCAACGAUUUUCUGAGUUCUUUGGAGGUGCACCUCAAUUCACAAUUCCCGGAAGAACUUACCCAGUGGACGUAUUAUUCUCUAAGGCACCAUGUUCGGAUUAUGUGGAAGCUGCUGUUCGACAAGUUCUUCAAAUUCACGUUUCUCAACCUGCUGGUGACAUUCUUGUUUUCAUGACCGGUCAAGAGGACAUUGAGGUUACUUGCGAUGUUAUUAAAGAGCGCCUUGCUCAAUUGACGGAUGCUGCACCCUUGUCGGUUUUACCCAUCUAUUCGCAAAUGCCGGCUGAUUUACAAACGAAGAUUUUUGAUGCCGCAGAACCCGGUGUACGGAAGGUCGUCGUCGCUACAAAUAUUGCUGAGACUUCGCUUACUGUAGAUGGUAUAUCAUACGUAGUCGACACUGGUUUUUGCAAAUUGAAGAUGUACAAUGCAAAAAUGGGUAUAGAUACGCUUCAAAUUACCCCUAUUUCUCAAGCAAACGCAAAUCAACGUUCUGGUCGUGCAGGUCGUACGGGACCAGGUGUUGCUUAUCGGCUUUACACUGAAUCUGCUUUUGUUCGUGAGAUGUUUCAAACUACUUUGCCAGAAAUUCAACGAACAAAUCUCUCAAACACUGUGCUUCUUCUGAAGUCAUUGGGUGUGAAGAACAUAAUGGAUUUCGAUUUCAUGGAUCGACCACCGGCUGCAACGCUCACUACUUCGUCUUAUGAAUUAUGGACCUUAGGUGCACUUGAUAAUUUUGGUAAUUUGACCGCCUUGGGCUCUAAAAUGGCAAACUUCCCUAUGGAUCCUUCUUUAGCCAAGCUUCUCAUCAUUGCUGCUGAAUACGGCUGCUCUAAUGAAGUGUUAACCAUAGUUUCUAUGCUUUCUGUCCCGUCAGUUUUCUAUCGACCAAAGGAGCGCUUAGAGGAAAGCGACGCUGCAAGAGAGAAAUUCCAUGUUCCGGAGAGUGACCAUUUGACAUUACUCAAUAUCUACCUGCAAUGGGAAAGAAAUCAUUGCUCAGUUGCUUGGUGUACAAAGCACUUUUUGCAUUCGCGAAGUCUCAGCCGUGCUCGAAGUAUUCGCGAUCAGUUAUUGGACAUUAUGAAGUUCCAGAAAUUACCUAUUGUAUCUUGCAAAUCCGACUGGGAUGUAAUACGUAAGGUGCUGUGUUCUGCAUACUUCAACCAGGCUGCCACAGCAAAGGGAAUCGGUGAGUAUGUACAUUUGCGCACAGGUAUGCCUUGUCACCUUCACGCUACUUCUUCAUUGUAUGGUUUGGGUUAUCUCCCGGACUAUGUAAUCUAUCACGAGCUGGUGCUUACUUCAAAGGAGUACAUGAACGUUGUUACCAGUGUUGACCCAUACUGGCUCGCAGAAUUUGGAGGUGCAUUUUAUACCUUAAAAGAACGAGUGAAGAAAGGCUCGAAAAUAGUAGACACUGUUUACUCCAAGAAGACGGAACUGGAAGACCAGAUAGAAAACGACCGUCUAAAAGAAGAGGAGGAAAAGGAAAGAGCGCGUUUGCAGGUCAAAGCGAAACCUCGAAGUCGGGUCGUCCGGGCGAAACCGGCAAGAAGAAUACAUGGAUUUUAAUGUUUGGGUUUGUUUCGGUAGGUUGGUAAAUAUCAUUCAUUCUUUAUGUGUAUAUAGAAGCUAUGGACAAUUGAGAGGAAUUGCACAUGCAGCUUUAUG